AGUUGGCAACAGUGGUUGCAGAUGGAACCUGUUGCGGCGGGAUAAACAACAAAACUUAAAGUAUUACGAUUGUCGCUGCAGCGCAUACGAUUAAUGUCGAGCUUUUCGCAAGUACUCAACCCGAUAACGGGCCAAAACACAUGGCAGGAACAGGGUGACGACUAUGAUUACCACCAGGAGGUGGCAAACGCAGGGUUCGGGGACAUGCUGCACGACUGGGAGCGCAACCAGAAGUACGAUGCGGCAUUGCGAAAGACAAUCGCAGGCAUGCGGCAAGCGGGCAGAGAAGUCCACGUGCUGGACAUUGGCACCGGUACCGGUAUUCUCGCCAUGAUGGCCCUGCGUGCCGGCGCCGACACUGUGACAGCCUGUGAGGCGUUCAUGCCCAUGGCGAACUGUGCGGAACGUAUUCUUGCCGCCAAUGAAGCCACUAAGGUGCGACUCAUACGCAAACGCUCGACAGAGAUUAAAAUAGGAGUGGACAUGCCUCAUAAGGCCAAUUUACUUGUGGCAGAGCUACUGGACACGGAACUCAUCGGUGAGGGAGCCAUUGGCAUCUACAAUCAUGCACAUGACCAUCUGCUGACCGAGGAUGCACUGUGCAUUCCCGCCCGUGCCACUUGCUAUGCUCAGCUGGCUCAAUCCUCUCUAGCGUCGCAGUGGAACAGCCUGAAGAUCUUGGCCAACUUGGAUGGCGACAUACUCUUGAGUCCACCUGCUCAGCUCUCGCAGUGUAGCGGUGAGGCUGCUCUCCACGAUGUCCAGCUCUCCCAAGUGCCUCCUAGCUCAUUUCGUGCACUCGCUCCGCCAAUGGAGAUCUUUCAGUUUGACUUUCAGCGCAAGCAGAAGCGAGAGGAGCAGCGUCAGAAUGUGCUGCAGUUGCAGCUCAGUUCCCCAGGCACAGUGGAAAUAGUCUACUACUGGUGGCAAAUCGAAAUGGAUGAUGCUGGUGAUAUAUUGCUGAGCUGUGCACCUUAUUGGGCUCAUCCCGAGCUGAAGCAACUGCAGGCCAGUUGCAGUGACACAGAGCGGCCUGUGGCCAAUGUGGUGCCCUGGCGGGAUCACUGGAUGCAGGCCAUCUACUACAUACCCAAGCCCCUGCAGAUACAUGAUACCCAAGAACCCUUCUGGCUGAGUUGCUACCACGACGAGUAUUCGCUCUGGUUCGAUGCUCACAAGGAUCAGCCGCCCACAAAGGCCACACCCCGUCAUAGUUGCAGCUGUGACCUGCACAUGACCUACACCCGCAGUCGGAUCGGUCAGCUUAAUCAGGGCACGAGGAACAAGCGCUACCUGAGCUACCUGGAAGAGGCGCUCCAAGAGGCAGAGACGCAGCCAGCCCAUAUGCUGAUCUUGGGUGACGGCUGCAUGUUGGGACUUGCCAGUUCAGCUUUAGGUGCUGCCACAGUUCGUUGCCUGGAACCACAUCGUUUCUCGCGUCGACUCCUUGAGUCCAUAGCCAAGCAUAAUCAACUGAAGAACGUUACCUUUUUGGAAAGUCUAAAGCAACUGGAACCCGAGGAAUUAAACACCCUUACACACAUCUUUGCCGAGCCUUACUUUCUCAAUUCUAUUUUGCCCUGGGACAAUUUUUACUUUGGCACAUUACUGCUCCAGCUGCAGGAGCAUCUUCCAGCCUCGGUGAAAAUCUCGCCCUAUGGGGCUCGCAUUUAUGCUUUGCCCGUGCAGUUUCUCGAUCUGCACAAGAUACGAGCACCCAUCGUCAAAUGUGAAGGAUUCGAUCUGAAGCUCUUCGAUGAAAUGGUGCAGCGCUCAGCGGAAGAGGCCCUGUCCCUAGUGGAGGCGCAACCACUCUGGGAAUAUCCAUGUCGUGCUCUCGCACAGCCGCAGGAAAUUCUCAGCGUUGACUUUGCCAACUUUGGCCUGGAGCAGCACAAAGAGGGUCAACUGCAGCUGACUGCAUCUGGCGAGUGCAAUGGCAUUGCAUUGUGGGUGGACUGGCAAUUGACGGCAAAGAACAGUCCCAAGUCUGUUGUGAGCACCGGACCCGUGGAGCCAGUUGUGCCCGGUCAAUUUGUCAAGUGGGACAUGUUUGUGCGGCAGGGAGUGCACUUCACCAAUCAAAAGAUGUCGACGAAAGAUGCUAAAACGCGUCUGGAUUGGAGCACUACGUUUAGACCAGUUCUGGGCGAUCUGAGCUUCAAUUUCUCGCUAUUUGCGAACCACGAAAAAUGCGAUUAAAAGACGAGAUUUCAACACGAGAA